AUGAGAAAACAUACUUCGUCUCCCGGUUCAGAUGACUUCCAGUCCGACAUAAACAAACCGAAAAAGUCUCGGCAAACACGUAAAGUGGAGAAGCCAACCCGAGUUUCAAGCGAAGAAGAUCCCGACUUCGAGUGUGUAAGCCAACCCGGAGAAAGCGACAGUGAAGAAGAUUUGGAUGAGGAAGACUCUCCUGCUGAAUUGUUGACGAAAAAAGCAAAGAAAAGGACGGCCAAAAAAAGUGACGAAGUCAACAGAUUGAAGAAAAGAAAAAUGGACAAUAUUGAUGUCACCAAGUCCACUCGAGAUUUUCAGAAAGGAAUAAAAUACAAGGAAUGGCAAUUGCUCAUCCCGCACCCCAGGGACAUAAAUGUCAAGGUCCAAAACAGCAACGAUAACAGCAAAGAUCGAGACACGAUCAACGAUAUCAAGAGGACUCUUACAACUGGUCAAUUGGAAGCAUUCAGAAGAUCACCAUUUGGGAAGUUCCUUGAUCUCCCUCAUUGCAUAGUACAGAACCAACUCAUCAACCUUAUACUCUUACGCGAGGUUCAUCAGAAUAGGAGCGAUGAGGUUUGGUUCGAUUUUGGAGGCAAGUUACUUCGUUUCGGUAUAGAGGAAUUUGCUGUUAUAACCGGAUUGAAAUGUGUUGGAAAAAGCAAAAAGCUGAACAUUUCAAAGAUAUCCGGUGGGCUACACGACAAGUUUUUUGAUGGUGUAGAACUGAGACGUAACCACAUCAGGUGGCAAUUUCUUAAGAAAGCAUGGUCCAAUGAUGAGGAUGCGGUCAAAUUUGCGAAGUUGCACCUACUUGCAAAUUUCUUGAUGGGCUCACAAGAAGCCCUAUGCAUUGACCGCUGCUACAUUGACUUGAUUGACAGUCCAGAGUGUGAUGACCAUGCUUGGGGAAAAGAAGUUUUUGAUUUCACUCUUUACUACAUGAAGAAGUCAAUUCAUACAAGAGAGCAAAUGCACAUUCAUGAGAAGCCCGAGGGUGCUGGAUAUCUAUACAGGUGUUAUGGCCUUAUCUUGGCUCUCCAGACGUGGUUCUGCGAGGUUUGCGACACCGCUGAAGGUGUAAUAUGCACCUCUGUUGGUGACCAUGAUAUACCGAGGAUAUUGAAAUGGGAAGUUCGUGACAGUUACAGCCGCCUUUUUCUGCAGAGGACCUUCUUAAAUCUACCCCACACCAAGGUAAUUCCUGCUGUUUAG